AUCUCCAAAAUCAAAACCCGUUAACGUAAAGUUUGUAAAAUUUUGCUAAGCGCGCACCGCGUAUAUUUUUGACAAAAGCAGAAAUGAUGGCAUGUUUCUCUCUUCCCUCUCUUUCUCUCUCUCUCUGUCUCUCUCUCUCUCUCUCCACGUUUUACCUCUGCUACAAAGCCACCCACUUCACCCUCAACUCUCCUCCGUCCUCUACCCCCCUCUCUAUCUCUUUCCGUCUUCGAUAGUACCUUAAUCCCAAAUCCAAGAGGCAGGGAGUGCUGACGGUGCGUUGAAAAUGGCGGACCAGGAGAACUGUAUACACGUCACUCGUGCGGCGAAGAAAAGGGCGGCAGCCGCCAUGGUCCAAGCGCCGCCCACCAAGAAGAGGGUGGUGUUGGGCGAGCUCCCCAACUUGCCCAAUGUGGGUUCGGUUCCCAAUCUGGGCGAUGGAUCGGAGAAGCCCAAGUGUAGAACGAAGAGGAAGGUUAAGAGAGCGGUGGCGCAGCGGGCGGAGCCAUCGCAGAACAUUAAUGCGGAACUGGACGAUACGCAGACGUGCGGUUCUUACGCUUCGGACAUCUACGACUAUCUUCACAACAUGGAGAUGGAAGCAAAGAGAAGGCCAUUGCCGGAUUACCUUGAGAAGGUUCAGAGAGACGUGACUGCUAAUAUGAGAGGGGUAUUGGUGGAUUGGCUGGUGGAAGUUGCAGAGGAGUACAAACUUGUUUCAGACACCCUUUAUCUCUCCAUUUCCUAUAUUGAUAGAUUCCUGUCAUUGAAUCCUCUCAACAGGCAAAGGCUACAGCUGCUGGGCGUUUCCUCCAUGCUUAUUGCCUCGAAGUAUGAGGAGAUUAGCCCUCCGCAUCUUGAUGAAUUUUGCUACAUAACAGAUAACACUUGCACUAAGGAACAGGUUGUCAAGAUGGAAGCCGAUAUCCUCAAGUCCUUGAAAUUUGAAAUGGGCAAUCCUACUGUAAAGACAUUUCUCAGAAGGUUCACCAGAGUCACUCAGGAGAAUGACAAGACCCCAAAUUUGCAAUUGGAAUUUCUUGGCUACUAUCUCGCAGAGCUAAGUUUGUUAGACUAUACCUGUGUAAAAUUCUUGCCUUCUUUGGUGGUUGCAGCUGUUGUAUUUCUUUCAAGAUUUACUAUUCAACCAAAAUUGCAUCCUUGGAAUUCAAGCCUACAACACUUUUCAGGAUAUAAACCGUCAGAUCUAAAAGAGUGUGUCCUUAUCAUACAUGAUCUGCAAUUGAGUAAAAGGGGAGGUUCUUUACAAGCAAUAAGAGAAAAGUACAAGCAGCAUAAGUUCAAAUGUGUGGCAACAUUGUCUUCUCCAAUAGAAAUACCAGCCUCAUGUUUUGAAGAUGUUGAAGCGUGAUAAUCAUGCAGGAUCUGAAACAGGCUUACUACUAACCAUGGAAAGCUUGCCUUGUCAAAUAAGAUUGGAUUUGGGAGGAGGCUUGACAAGCAUUCGUGCAUUAGAAGAAUGGUUUUGUUCUCACCAACUAAUUUGAUUAAAGGAACCUUUGAGCUGAAAUUACUGCUUAGAAUUGACUUUUGAAAGUGAAGCCACUAAUAUCAAUUGUUUCUAACAGGAAGAAUGGGGUUGAGUGUCGCUAGGUCAUUCACUCAAGUGUUUCUUGUUCUCUUGUGAGCUUUUGAACUGAUUUAGAAGUUAGAACAUUGUAUGGAUACUACUUGUAUGUAAAAAUUUGACUAAUUCAAUGAUAGUGUUCAGACAUUCACAAUUUUAGAUUCACAAAA